CCGGCACUGGUGAUGGCUUGACGGUAGCGCUUAUCCCGGCUUGGUGACGAUAUAGCCAUCCUCGUCAAGCUGGAUCUGGCCCUUGACGAGGGCGGUGGCCGGGUCGUGGCCGACGGCGUAGAAGAGGCCGUUGGCGUCGACAGUCUCCUCGGCGCCGGUGACGGUGUCCUUGACACGCAGGUGGGACAUGAGCUUGUCACCGAGGACCUCGACGGCGACGGUGUUGAAGCGCACGGUGACCUUGGGGUGGGCAAGCACGCGGGUGGCCAUGGCCUUGCUGGCGCGCAGCUGGUCGCGGCGCACCAGAACGGUGACAUGGCUGCCGUACUUGGCGAGGAACAUGGCCUCCUCGGCGGCCGAGUCACCGCCGCCAAUCACGUACAGCGGCUUGUUGCGGAAGAUGGGCACCGCGCCGUCGCAGACGGCGCAGGCGCUGAUCCCGCUCUGCCAGAAGGCCUCCUCACCGGGCAGGUUCAGACGACGCGCGUUGGCGCCCGUCGCGAUGAUGACCGCGUCCGCCGUGCGCGCGGGGGCGUCCUCGGGCCCGUCGCUCCAUUCCGUCCACAGCUUGAACGGCCGCUGCGACAGGUCUACCCGCGAGAUGGUCUCGGUGAUUACUUCGGUACCAAACCGCACGGACUGCUGGCGCAUGUUCUCCAUCAGCUUCGAGCCGUCGAUCCCCUCAGGAAAGCCCGGGAAGUUCUCGAUCUCCGUCGUCGUCGUGAGUUGCCCGCCCGCCGCGGUGCCGUUGGCCAACAUUCCCUCGUACAGGACCGGUUUGAGCUCCGCACGAGACAGAUAGAUGGCGGCGGUGUGUGCCGCAGGGCCGGAGCCAAUGACUAGAAUUAUAAGUAUGCCAUUUGGUCAAUGUCUAUUUGAGAAAAAGUCACACUCACUGACUACCUUGGAGUGUGUCAUUCUGGAUGCAAGAGGAGGAGAGGGAGACUGGUGGUGGAGAGUCGAAGCGGCAGCGGCAGUCAAUCCGAGCGAGGAUCGAAGCGAAGAAAGGGCGAACCGACGGAAAGUUGAGGAAAACACCUUGACGGAUUUUGGGAAGGAGAGGGAGAAGAGAAAGACGUGAUAAAAGCGAGAUUAAUACCAGACAAUGGCCCUGGGCGGAGCAGAGGGCGAAGAGGGGCUGGUGGGGAACGGCGGACGAAGAGCAAGAUAGAGAGGCAAAGGAACCAGGUCGAAACUGGGCCGGA